UACUUGUAGCAGAGACACAACUAGGGCUUGUGAUAGAAGCACAACCAGUACUUGUAGCAGAGGCACAACUAGGACUUGUAGCGGUGGCACGAGCAGGACUUGUAGCAGGGCACGAGCAGGACUUGUA